AGCGUUCGGGUACAUUCGUUAAAGCUCGACUGUGUUCAGCGCGUGAGAAUGGGGGCAGAGCAAGCGCAGCUUGCGAACUGCCUGUGCGACAAACCGAACUGCCUCUGACGCGUAUUUCAUUCCACCGGACUGUUCACCUGGGAGACCGCAUGAAAAACAGACCACUACACGUUUGCUGAUACUAUCUGCAAUCUGUUUCACUGAAGGAAUGUGGUGCAAUUAGCUGCAUUGAGGAAUACAUUUUCAUAAACAAAAGUUUGUUUACUGUGAAAAGACUAGCACAGUUGAAACACCAAGCAGUGCGGUUUACAGUAGGCACCAAUUAAACGUUCAGAGGGAACAUGGCGACGGGUGGAUUUAGAUCAAGCGCGACUACGGACUUUUUGGAAGAAUGGAAAGCCAAACGUGAGAAAAUGAGAAUGAGAAAUGAGAAAAUGCUUGGGGAGGGUACUGCGUCUUCGCUUGGAACAAACAGCAAAAGCGAGACCCGGAAUACAAGCCAGAGCCCCGAAUUAAACAACAACGGCAACCCGGACCGCGGAGGUCCGACUUCUGUCAACUGCGCGUCAUCUCAUCCCGUUGUUCGGUCGUCCUCCUCGUCUGCCCUGAGGAGACCGGACGAUGACCCACACUCGACACCAGCCACCAGGGGGUCCGAUCCCCCGGUAGGACACCUGAAGAAGGCACCCCAGCCCGAGAAAGUAAUAAUAAGCACCCCUCAACCGGAGUCCAGCGGGAAUGCGUACGUCGAAGACGACACGGAGAGCCCGACUCUAGGAACUAGCUCCAGCAAGGGGAAAGAGAAGAAGAGCACCGGUCCCAGCGCCAGGAGGGGAAAGGGCCAGAUAGAAAAGAGAAAGUUGCGGGAGAAGCGGAGAUCUACAGGUGUUGUCAGCAUGCCGUCCAACGAGAGUCUGGACGAGCUGGACGACGAUGACGGCGUGGAGAAGGAGAAGAAGGAGGAGGAGCUCACUCAGCUCAACACUGUCCAGAAUGAGGCCUUAACUUCUGAUCCCGCCACGGCCCAGCUCUCACCGGAGUCACAGAGAGCAGCGGCAGGCCGGUACAGAAGCUCGCCAGGCCCGGGCGCUGAAGAGGAGGCGGGCGGCGGCGGCGGCGGCCGGCAUCGCCCUGGUUACGGUCGGCACGGAAGGGAGUCUGGCUCCGCUGGCGGGCUGGAGAGGAAGCUGGAGGAGCUGGAGAAGGAGCUCGCCAGAGAGAGGCAGGAAUUCUCUCGGCUACUGAAGGCCCACGAGGACAAAGACGAGCUCAUCCUCAAGCUGAAGGAGGAGAUCGACUUGCUGAACAGAGACCUUGAUGACAUUGAGGACGAGAAUGAGCAGCUUAAACAAGAGAACAAAACCCUCCUCAAAGUGGUUGGUCAGCUGACCAGGUAGAACCACACCCACCCUGAAACAGGGCCUGCUGGGGGGGGGGGUGGGUGGGUGGGGGGGAUGGGGGCUCCAGGGGUUGCCAUGGAGCACUACCGUCUCUCCUGGGAUUUCCACAACCUUUUCUUCAUCGACCUUCGCUGCCUCUUCCCGCUUAUCGGGAAGACGAGUUUCCAUGUCUUACAGACGUUCUUAAGGCCUUACAGGACAUAGAGCUUCAUUGCAUUGAAGGAGCAUUUUUGUCUGUGUGUUUUUUAAAAGGGGGAUUUGAAGGUAGAACCGAGGUGUUGUCGUAGAGUACGAAAGCGGAUUUUAUUUAUAUGUGGGUGAUUAUGUUCAAUGUAAAUGCGUUUAAUGUAAAUAGGCCACUCGUUUUUUUUUUUUUUGUUUGUUUUUUUUUUUUUGUUUUGAAAAAUCUUUAAAAAGAAAAAUGACAUGAAUGAAUGUGGUGUACCACCAAAAAAAAAGAGGCAUUUAUACAUUCAGUCUUUGGCCCUAACAAUAAGCAGCCUUUUUAUAUCAAAGCGUUUUCCAUUUAGGCCAUUCAUUUUUAAUUAGCACAAAUUUACCCCACUAUCACGUGAUGUUGUUUUGAGUGCGUCGAGGUUGCGGGACACAUCGUCAGGUGUUAGCUGCAUCCAAUCACAUUAUUCACAGCACUGCUUUCCUCCUCUGGCAUCUGCAUUUAAAGGUGCGUCUACAUUAUUGCUCACAACGUGGCUUGCUUCAUAUGAACAACAAUUUUAAGACGACAUUCCACUGGCCAAAGUGCGAACGGUGCCUUGCACAUUACGUGUAUGAGUUUUAAAUAUAUGAGCGCUUUGUUUCAUUAAAGAGGGAGUGAGGAAAAAGCCUGGUGCUUUUUUUUAUUAAUUUGAUGCCCAGUGUUACCGUUGUCGUUGAUUUAGAUGUGUACAUUUGAAAGCUUAAAUGGAGGGAAAGAUAGAAAAUCAGAAAACAUGAAAUUACUGAAAAGUAAAUAUAAAAAUGUCCUUUAUAAAUUAGGUAGUCAUCUUAAUUUAGCUAGUUUUGGUGUGGAAUACUGGGAUUACAAAUAGCAGAAAUGUAUCAUGUUCAGUUUAUAUCAAAGCAAUUAGUUCAUGCUAAUAAUUAAAAGCAAAUACUUGUUUGCAUUAUUACGAGAUCUACCCGAUUAUGUGCUAGAUGUAUGAUUCGUAGAGCGAGCUACUGCAGACAGAGCAUUGUAUAACAGUAUCAGUGGAAAGAAAAGAUGGCUAUUUGGAAUGCCUGUAUCCCGGCUUCUGUGUUUUCCACUGAACGCAGUGAUACUGCAUGACAGGUAUAUUACUCUAAUCAGCCGCAAUAUUAUGCCUGAUAUAGACAUUGCUCUCCAUAUUAGGAACUUAUUUUGUAUUCAAGCGUUCGAUUAAGUUGUCAUAACAUACAAGCGUGCAAAUUGUAUUGCAUCCUUCAAUCCUGUAAAACGGUGUCAGUGUGUAUAUUUAGUUAUUCGGCUGUAAUGGGGAGAACUCAAAAAAAAAUCUCUCUCUCUCCCUUUGGAGUUUGCAUGUAUAGAAGAAGUCUUUUAUUAAAAGAACCUUUAAUAAAAAAUAUGAUUAUCCUGUC